GACGCCGUUGUUCCUGUUGUGGGUGUGGUCGCAGUUGAUGACACACAUAAUGGAGUGUAGCUCACUUUAGCUUCCUCUCUGUCAGCCCAGACAGACCUGUUAAAAUCCAUUUCUGUUUUUAAUGUUUCUCUGCGCAGCUGUCGGCUGUGAUGCUGUGUCGGGAUGGGUAAUCUUUUUGGAAGAAAGAAGCGAACGCGAGUGACUGAACAAGACCGAGCUAUUCUGCAACUGAAGCAGCAGAGAGAUAAACUUCGGCAGUAUCAGAAGAGGAUCAACCUGCAGCUGGAGAAGGAGCGACUUUUAGCCAAGCAGCUGCUGAAGAAUGGCAAAAAAGAGAAAGCUCUUGUUUUGCUGAAGAAGAAACGCUACCAGGACCAACUCCUGGAUAAGACCGAGAGCCAGAUCAGCAACCUGGAACGCAUGGUUCAAGACCUGGAGUUUGCUCAGAUUGAAUUGAAAGUAAUUGAAGGGUUGAAAAAUGGAAAUGAGUGUUUGAAAAAGAUGAAUGAGAUGAUGUCCAUUGAAGAAGUAGAACGGAUUAUGGAUGAAACCCAGGAAGCUGUGGAGUACCAAAGGCAAAUAGAUGAGAUACUGGCUGGUUCUUUGUCACAAGAGGACGAAGAUGCUGUUCUAGCGGAGCUGGAAGCGCUAACAGAGGGUGAUGUUGAGCUUCCUGAGGUUCCUUCAGAAGAGCUGCCAGAGGCCCCAGAAAAGAAACCAGAGCGGGAACGUCCCAGAAAGAAGCCGGAGCGAGAGCUGUUGGCUGCGUAGGAGGCUGCUGGUCCUCUGACGGCCACUGUGGCGCCUCCUGCAUCUUCUCUGACAUACUGAUGAGUUUCACAAACAUUUACUGCAGAACUGUGACGGUUGUCACUCAAACACAUCCAUCCAUUGCCGAGGCCUUUCUGAGCCCAGGUGAAGCCGGACUGGUUCAGAGUCCAGCCAGCAAACUGCAAGUUUCAUUUGGGGGGAAAUGUAAAAGACUUGACCUGUGACAUGAAAACUGUGCCUAACUGUUGUGAUCGGAACUUUAUAUUUGCCAUUGAUAAAGAUCGAUUGUUUUACAAUAACUUCAAUGUAAUUUUGGUUUUGUAUGUAACGGUAGAAAGUGAAAUCUGUAAGAACCCUAGAUUUUUGCUGACCGAAAACUUGAUUUUCAUCAUCUUUUUUUUUUUUUUUUUUUUUUUUUUCUUUUUCUUAAUCAGUUUGGGCUCCAGUUAGAGGCUCCACUGGGAAAAACAGAUCAACACUGGCACAUCUGUUGGCACUGUGAUUGAAAUCUCAUUGGUGCAGUUGACACUAGUCUUGGAGUUUCAGUUUCUACUUGUACAGUUUGGUCUCUGAUUGGCAUCUUCACUGGUGUGUUGUGUGACGCCUACUGGUACAGUUAUUACAUUAAUUUGAGCCUGUACUGGUACAGUUGGGACUCCAGUUGGCAUAUCUGCUGGUACACUUGGGACUCCAGUUUGGUUUUCUACUACUACCCCAAUUGGCGUGUACAGUAUGAGUCUCUUUUCCAACAGUUGGCGUGCCGAUUGGCAAUUCUACUGGUACACUUGGACUCCGUUUGGGUUCUCUAGUACUCUGGACUUUAUUUAAUGCACUACUUCAGUUUCCAGUUGGUGUUCCAUCUGUGCUUGCAAAAACUCCAGUUUGAUUCUGCAACAAUAUUUAAAGAGCCCAGUUGUAACAGUAGAGUCCAUCGGAAGUACCAGUAAGAAUGGCAAUGGGCUUCCCAUUGGAAAUUGAAGAUUUCAGUUGGAGUACUAGUAGACUCAAAUUAGAGCUCCAACUGCACCAGUAAAGCCUCCAUCUGGAGUCCCAGUCGACUCCAAUUUGAUUCUCAGCUCUACCGGUAGAACUGCCAAAUGGGUCUAUGAAUGAAAACUCAAAUGGUGCAUUGAAUAAAGUCUCUAGUGGUGCACUUGAGGCUCUAGAGUUUCUACAGGCACUUCAGAUGGACUGUCGAGUCAGAAAGUUAAUUUAUAAGAAAUGAAUUUGGUAGAAGCUGAAAUCAACUGAUCCAGACAUCAGUGUCUUGUAUUCUGUUCCUGCUCAUGUACUAAAUAUGAUUUUAAAUAUACCCUGUAGAUUAUUCCCAAUUAAAUUUUAUGUACUGUACAUAAAA